CUGAACCAGGCCAGUACUGCUGGUGGUUCCGAGUCAGAAGCAGAGAAAUCUGGCCAGAAUUUCAACUUCAACUAUGACUUGGACCAUCAAGUAGACAGUGAUGAUGGAGAUGAUGGGGAGGAUGAGGAAGAGGAAGAGGAGGAGAGUUCGAAUGAGGAGACAGUGGAGACCAUCGGUUCAUACACAGAGUCCAUGGACACCUCUCUGUCUGACAACAACAGCACCCAGCCCAGGGACUCCGUCAGUGACAUGGACAUGCUCGUGGAGUCCGUCGUGGAAAACUGUCUGUACUCCACGGCUGAGAGCUGCGUGGAAUCAACAAGCGAACUGGAAGUGACCACGGAAGAUGAAGUCACGGACGGAGCGGUCGAGUAUAGGAGCGAGAGUUCUGAAAGCUGUUCCAAACCAGCCAGUACCACAAGAGACGUUACUGCUGAACCAGUCGGUAAAAGUGCAGAUAGGAGCAAAGACAUUGGAGGGCAGGACAUGACGGCCAGUAGUGAGAAAGUCUCGCAUCUCAACCAAAGCCUGGACUCUUGCCAUGCCAACAUAGUGACAUGCUCUACAAUAGAGGAGGCCGCUGUCUUGCUAGUCAAGUCAGCAAUCAAGUCAGCGCUGGUGUCCCUCGGGAAUACAGACAAAGCAGAAGAGAUCGGUGAUGCAAAGGAAGAGGAAAAGAAGGGAAACGACUCACACUCCGAGUCACAGAGCAUAAAGGAGGAUGAAACCACCAGCAUUUCCAGUGAAAAGUUUUGCUUUGAAUUCACCACACAAGCUCUGACUGGGGGAAAGAGGCCUGUCGUGACCUGCAGCCUGUGUAAGAAAGACGGGCACCUGAAGGAUGACUGCCCAGACGAGCUGAAGAAAGAGCUGAAGCCCCUCCCUGACCUGACCCCUCAACACCGGGACCUGCUGGACAGAGUCUGUGUGUAUGUGUAUGAAACGUGCCACCCCCCUCCCACUGAGUACAGCUACAGAGACAUGAUUCUGAAGGACCUGGAGAGCUUCAUCAGACAGGAGUUUUCAGGUUCCCACCUGUGUCUGUUUGGGUCAUCCAUGAAUGGAUUUGGCUUCAAGGGCAGUGACCUUGACAUCUGCAUGACCUUGGAGGGUCACGAGACCAGCGAUGACUUAGACUGCAUCGACAUCAUAGAAAGGCUGGCAAAGCUUUUGAAGAAGCAUCUAGACUUGUACAACAUCCUGCCCAUCACCACAGCUAAGGUGCCCAUUGUGAAGUUUGUUCACCGUCCCAGUAAACUGGAGGGAGACAUCAGUCUGUAUAACAUCCUGGCCCAGUACAACACUCGUAUGCUGAACAUGUACGCAGCUAUGGAUGAGAGGGUUCGCAUUCUGGGCUACACCGUCAAAAGGUUUGCAAAGAUCUGUGAGAUUGGUGAUGCGUCCCGUGGCAGCCUGUCAUCCUACGCCUACAUCCUGAUGUUACUGUACUUCCUGCAGCAGAGAAAACCUCCCAUCAUCCCAGUCUUACAGGAGUUACAUGACGGCCAGCCUAAGCCAGAGAAGAUGGUGGAUGGGUGGAAUGCCUGGUUCUACGAUGACCUAAAGUCUCUGCCCAAGAAAUGGCCCCACCUCGGGGAGAACAAGGAGACGGUUGGGGAGUUGUGGAUCGGUCUCCUCAGGUUCUACACCGAGGAGUUCAACUUCCGAGAACACGUCAUCUGUAUCCGCCAGUCUGCCAUCCUCACCAGGUUUGAGAAGAUGUGGACAUCCAAGUGUAUAGCAAUAGAAGAUCCCUUUGACCUGAAUCAUAAUCUGGGAGCUGGUGUGUCCAGGAAAAUGAACAACUUCAUCAUUGGUGCUUUUAUCAAGGGGCGAGAAACCUUUGGUAUGACAUUGCGCAGUGACCUCUACCAUCAGUACACACCCAUGCCAUACAUAGUGGACUACCUGUUUGAUGCAGAGGUCCUAACUGAUGGAGCCCAGCCACCUACUGACAGGUGCUGUAGGAUAUGUGGAAAGAUCGGACACUUCAUGAAGGACUGUCCGAAGAGACGCACGGGUAAGAAGGAGAAAAAGAGGGAAGGUGACCCAGGUGGGGACCAGCAAAGACUCCCCCAAAGAAACAGUGGACCAUCCCGGAACAACAGGACACCAGGGGGGAGAGGCACUCCCCAGUCAGCAAAGGAGCUUGAGCAUGUACCCGACCACCUACUGUACCCAGUUAUGUAUCAGCCAAUGGCUAGACCUGAUGUAAUAGUACUCGUUGACAAGGGCUAUUAUGACAGGAGGAACAUGCUGGACCAUGACCCGCGCAGUCCCCCACGUGGGCCCUACCAACCCACGCCGAACCAGGGCCAGUACAGGGGCAGUCCCCACAGGCAGGGGGGCAGGGAAGACCCCCCGCCCAGAGCUAUGUACCAAACCCCCCCACAGCCUGUCCCAUUUGGGAGGCAGGGGGGUGGUGGGUACUACAGCAGACAGAGGCAGAACUCCAGAGAGCAGGACCAGUAUGGCAGAUCACCUGAGGGGAGGAUGCCCUUGUAUGCAAGAGCCCACGACUCCCCACAGUUUACCUCCAGUCCCAAAACUACCUCACAGCCUGCCCACAAUCCUCGGGGGAGCACCAACUACUUCAUCCCCACCAUGCAGUACACCAAUCAGCAACUGACACAUCAUCCUCGAUCAGCCAAUCAGCAGCCAACACCUUCACCCCCAGCCAAUCAGCAAUUUGUUGCCCACACGUCAUCGCCCAAUCAGCAGCUAGGAGCCUCACCAAGAUCCAAUCAGCAACUACCCAUGCACCACCUGGCCAAUCAGGUGUCACCUCAGGUAGUCCAAGCACAGAACAGGCAGCUGCCCCAACCCAGACAGAACUGGGGUGAAGUGCCGCCGCAGCAAGUAGUGAUGACUACACAGGGUCUGGUUUUCCUGUCACCGUCACCCCCCCACACCUACAGUGCACCCUUCCACAUCUCCAGUAGUCCACCUUACCAACCACAUGGAGCACAACCACCGAGAUAGCAAACGUAGGGGGGGAAGGGGGGAGGAGGGUUUGGUUUAACAUAAAAUAUGUAAGGUGCUGCUGUCUUCUGAGGGGUUACCAAGCAGAUUUGGAUUUUGUGCCUUCUUGAUCAUUUUACACAGUUCAGGGUUAAGACAAAUGUUGAAGUUAGUUAUAUCACAUUAAAGAUUAAAUGUUCUCCAACUACAUAAU